CUUUAUCUAGAAGCCACAGAAGCAGUUUCAUUGGACAGUCCAGAGAGGGAUUCAGUACUUUCAGCAGAACCUACUCCUUCAAUCACUUCUGUAACACCUACUACAUCAGUAGCUCCCAGAAUGGAAUCGAAAAGUGUAACAGCCCCUGUGAUUUUUGAUAGAUCCAGAAAAGAGAUUGAAGAGGAAGCAAAUGGAGAUUUGCUUGAUAUAGAAAUCAGUGUAUCAGACCCAGAGAAAGUUGGGGAUGGCAUGAAUGCUUAUAUGGCAUACAGAGUAACAACAAAGACAUCCCUUUCCAUGUUUCACAAAAAUGAAUUCUCUGUUAAAAGAAGAUUCAGUGAUUUCCUUGGCUUGCACAGCAAAUUAGCAACGAAGUACAUGCAUAUUGGUUACAUUGUGCCUCCUGCUCCAGAAAAAAGUAUUGUAGGCAUGACCAAGGUUAAAGUAGGCAAGGAAGAUUCUUCAUCUGCUGAAUUUGUAGAAAAAAGAAGAGCAUCAUUAGAAAGGUAUCUACAAAGAACAGUAAAACACCCUACCUUGUUGCAGGAUCCAGAUUUAAGGCAGUUCUUGGAAAGUUCUGAGCUGCCGAGAGCGGUAAACACCCAGGCUCUGAGUGGAGCAGGAAUAUUGAGGAUGUGAAACAAGGCUGCUGAUGCUGUCAACAAAAUGACAAUCAAGAUGAAUGAAUCAGAUGCAUGGUUUGAGGAAAAACAGCAGCAAUUUGAGAAUCUGGAUCAGCAACUUAGGAAACUUCAUGCCAGUGUUGAAGCAUUAGUCUGCCACAGAAAAG